ACUGCCAUUAAACACAUCAGAAAGCAGCAGAGGGUGGCUAAGAUAUGGUUAAACUUGUGGUUUAAACAGCAUACCGGAGAUGUUAUCACAAACUGCAGAUGUCGUACAUCUCUCAUGAGAUUUCUGCAUCUCUCGUAUCAACAGUCUCGCGCUGUUUUAUGAAGGGUUCUCCCUGUGGGUGUCACACAGGUCUGAUGCUGCUGCUGCAGCUGCUGCUUCCUGUAUUGAAGCACCACCAGUCAGAGCCAAAGCCCUCUUUCGCUUCACAGCCCUGCACACCCCGCACCGAAACACGGGAGGAAUUUUGUAGCUUGGACGCUGCUGUCCUGUCCUGCGGUGGGAAGCCAGCCGAGUCGGUCUCCCGGUGUUGCUGCCGGUAAAACCGCGGCGGCCCGUCUGUCUGCUGAAAGCCGAGAAAGCUGCACAUUAGGACGGAGACGCGGGGCACGAUUUUUCCAGGAGCUGGGUGCUAGAUAGUAGCAGCUAGCUGGCUAGUAGCAGCAGGUAGAUAACCUAGAAGAAACAGAAAAAUCAGCAAUGUGUUGACUCCAAACGCUGUACAUGCACCUGAAAACGACCCGACUUUUAAAGAGCACCUCGGCAUGAUACGUUUUUUAUCAAAAUAGCUGAGUGACAUGCUCCCGAAAGUAUACUAACUUUGCUAACGUUAGCUAGCUACACAGAGCUGAUCCUGUUGCUCUUUCAUACUCAGUGUUGAACAAGGAAAAAGGCGAGAUUAAGCAGCUGCUGAGCUCACUGCAGGUUAGUGCAUAAUUUGAGAAAGUCAUUUAUAGGGUAGUUAUUGAAAUGGCUCCCAAAAGAAGACCCGUUCCCCUGAACAUAACGCCCAUCGGAGAAGGACAGGCCACCUCAAACACCAUCGAUGCUGCAUCUGAAGCUAACCUCGAGGCCUUACAAAAGAAACUGGGUGAGCUCGACCUGGACGAACAACAGAGGAAACGACUGGAAGCCUUCCUCACCCAGAAAGCCCAGGUUGGAGAGCUGAAGGAUGAAGAUUUUGACCCCAUUUGUGAGUUGGGUGCUGGAAACGGAGGAGUGGUCAACAAGGUCCGCCACAAACCCUCGGGUUUGGUCAUGGCUCGGAAGUUGAUCCAUCUGGAAAUCAAGCCUGCCAUCAGGAACCAGAUUAUCAGAGAGCUGCAGGUGCUGCAUGAAUGCAACUCCCCCUACAUCGUGGGCUUCUAUGGGGCCUUUUACAGCGACGGGGAGAUCAGCAUCUGUAUGGAGCACAUGGAUGGUGGAUCCUUGGACCAGGUCCUGAAGGAAGCCAGAAGAAUCCCAGAAGAAAUUCUGGGAAAAGUUAGCAUAGCUGUUUUGAGAGGAUUAGCUUACCUGCGAGAGAAGCACCAGAUCAUGCACAGAGAUGUCAAGCCCUCCAACAUCCUGGUCAACUCUCGCGGGGAGAUCAAGCUGUGCGACUUUGGUGUGAGCGGCCAGCUCAUAGAUUCCAUGGCCAACUCCUUUGUUGGAACGCGCUCCUACAUGUCGCCGGAGAGACUGCAGGGCACCCACUACUCUGUUCAGUCUGACGUGUGGAGCAUGGGUCUGUCCCUGGUGGAGCUGGCGAUUGGCCGCUACCCCAUCCCCCCACCAGACGCCAAAGAGCUGGAAGCCAUCUUCGGACGGGCCGUUCUGGACGGGGCUGAGGGAGAGCCUCACACUAACAUGCAGAGGCCCAGACCACCAGGAAGGCCUGUGAGCGGACACGGGAUGGACAGUAGACCUGCCAUGGCCAUCUUUGAACUUCUGGACUACAUUGUGAAUGAGCCGCCUCCUAAGCUGCCACAUGGUGUCUUCACUAAUGACUUCCAGGACUUUGUGACAAAAUGUCUGAUCAAAAACCCAGCUGAGAGAGCAGAUCUGAAGAUGCUGAUGAGUCACACGUUCAUCAAGCGAUCAGAAGUGGAAGAAGUGGACUUUGCCGGCUGGUUGUGCAAAACCAUGAACCUCAACCAGCCCAGUACUCCGACCCGCGGCACAGAGUGAACAGCCCCCUACCCCCUCCCCCCCCACUGCCCUGCCACACCUCUGGGUCUUGCUUGCAUACACAUACAUACAUAAUACUGUACAUAUACAAGCCAUCACACAUAUUGGCACUUUUCUCAUAUUGCUCUUGGGUAAAAACGGUUUUGGCUUCCCCUCAUUUAUUUCCUUACCAGCAGCAGGGCCCGUUGAGUCAUUGUACUGUAAGACCACAGCUUCACCAUGCCAGUGUCAAGAGUAGCCCCCAGCUCACUUUUCCACACUGCUACAGAGGAUGUAAAGCACCGAAGGGCUGCCAGUGUGUCAGCUGAAUUUGCAUUGAUUGACAAACUUCUUUUGUAUUGUUGAAUAUUCUGUAUUAAUCUUUUCUAUGGCAACAGUUGAUGGCUUGUGGAACUGUAUUUUAAUAAAUUACUUGCUGUAGAGA